AUGUAACUGUUUACUGACUGCAUCAUGCAGCUCGAUUUUUAGAUAAAUGGGAUUUUUCAUGUCUCUUGCUCUUGUUCAUGCAUAUAGAUUUUUUUUUAUUACUUGCCUUUCUUCAGUAAAAUGUUAAUGAUCACAUAGCAGGUUGUAAAGCAGUCCUUCUGGGUAAUUAUAGACAAGUUGCUCAAUGUUAUUAGACUGGGUAUAAAACCACAAAUGCCUUCUUGCUCUUUCAUCUCCGCUGUGAACACUGCACGUGGAUCAACUGCACAAUGGCUUUCAGUGGAAAAUAUGAGCUUGAAUCACAUGAAAACUUUGAGCCAUUCAUGAAAGCAAUUGGUCUCCCUGAUGAAAUGAUUGAGAAGGGUAAGGAGGCAAAGAGCAUCUCUGAAAUUGUUCAGAAUGGCAAUUCUUUCAAGGUCACUGUAACAACAGGCACUAAAGUAUUGGUCAAUGAAUUCACUAUUGGAGAAGAAGCAGAACUGCAGACCCCAACAGGAGAGAAGAUCAAGGGUGUUGUCACAAAGGAGGGGGAAAAUAAGUUAAAAGUAAACUUAAAAGGAAUUGAAUCUGUGACCGAAUUAUGUGGAGACAAGAUCAUUAAUACUAUGACUGUCAGAGGAAUUGCAUACAAGAGAAUCAGCAAAAGGAUUUAAGUCAACUAUAUAAAACAACUAUUUCAUUAAAGGCUGC